ACAACAUACAGUGACCAAAAGCAAAGGCUUAGGUCAGUGAUCCGCUGAAAGCUCGCACAUCGCGCACGAAAUGCCGAAGAGAACCACGCACACCUACUCCAGCGAGGACGCAGCGCCCGAUGGCCCGGAGUCCGAUCUCUUCGUCUACUACUGCAAGCACUGCGGCUCCCAUGUCCUCAUCACUGAUACCCAGUUGCAGAAGAUGCCGAGGCGGAAGACGGAUAGAGCGCAUGUUCUUGAUAAAAAGAAGCAUCUUUCCAGGUUGAAUGUUAAGGAGGCGGGCAAAAUUCUUCUUAAACGCGGUGAAGGCAUGUUGGAAAAACAAUUCCGCAUGUCAUGUGUAGGAUGUGACCUACUCGUAUGUUACCGCUCAGCGGAGGAUUUGGAUCUUGCUCCUUUCAUUUAUGUGGUAGAUGGUGCAUUGAGCUCAGUUGCAGCGGAAACAAAUCCCCAGGAUGCUCCUGUGCCUCCCUGCAUAUCUCAGCUAGAUGGUGGUCUUGUUCAAGUGGCAAUCGAAGUAGAAGACCGAGCACAACGUUCAGCAAUAACAAGAGUAAAUGCUGAUGAUGUUCGAGUUACUGUAGCAGCUCCAGCUGCUCGAGGGGAAGCUAAUAAUGAACUGUUGGAAUUCAUGGGCAAGGUUUUGGGCUUAAGGCUGAGCCAAAUGACCCUUCAAAGAGGAUGGAAUAACAAAUCCAAACUUCUUGUGGUUGAGGACUUAUCUGCCAGGCAGGUCUAUGAGAAACUUCUGGAAGCUGUGCAACCUUGAAGCAUGUGAUAUUUGAUUUGUUCAAAUGUCUAUCUACUCUUCUGUGCACUUCUAUCUGAAUGUUUCCUUUGAUCAUCAAAAAGGACAAAAACUUUUU